CCAAGGCCCUUGGGCAAUUCUAUUGUCCCCUUCCAGGCUCUGAUUUUCCAACUCGACGCACCAUUCACCUUUCAACAGCUCCUAUCAGAUCAUGCCUUCUCAAGUAAUCGUACUGUACAGUCACCAUCUGCACCCAGAGCACCUCCUUACUGGUCUGCAGCCACCUCCUAUCGCCUGAGCACCGCAUCUCCGCAAUGGCUGCCCCUCAAGAAAGGAACACCAACGUCAAACUUCUCGCAUGUCUCGUCGACCCAGACGAUACGGACGAUAGCGAUUACCGCUUCCUUGUCGACGGGCAACAUGUGAAGUACGUAUCCACAGCUCCAGGCACGUUUCGUAGGGCCGAGGAUGACCGUACUUUCGAGCCCAUCCUGCUUGGCGAGCUCCUUCCAUCAUUCCCAACUGGGGAUUGGAACAACGGCUACGCAGUUAGGGACCCUGAAACGGAUAAGGCUGUCUUCUCCAGGACCGAGACAGUGCAGCUUGCCGGAGUCAAGAACUGCUGGCAUCCCGUAAAGCUCAAUGAGUUGGAAUUCUCUCGUAAAGAGCGAUUGAGGCAACGAGUCCACGUCUCAACGCACCCCAAAGUUCAAGGCGGCAAACCUGUGCUAAUCAAACUCGCGGUCUGGCCCUGGGAAACCUCUUCCAUUGAGGCUGAGACAGCCGCCUAUCAAUGGAUCAGUGACAGUGGAAUCGGUCCCAAGUUUUUGGGUCAUGUCACCGAGGGCAAAAAUGGACGCGUGGUUGGCUUCGUCACUGAAUGGGUGGAAGGUGCGAGAGCAGCCAGAUCAAUGGAUAUCGACGACUGCAAGAAGGCUUUGGGUCGGUUGCAUAAGCUCGGCAUCAAGCUUGGUGAUAUCAACAAAUACAAUUUUCUUGUGCGGGAUGAGCAUGAUGUGGUUCUCGUAGACUUCGAAACGGCGAAGCAAAACUGUUCGCCUUUGGAACUCGAGGAUGAGAUGAGCGCCCUCGAGGGUAGCCUUGAAAGCAAGAGUUUCCGAGGCGGGGUGGAACGCGUCUAUGAAUGAGAGAACCACAUGCAGGCCAGCAUCAGCUUUGGGGUUACUGGUAAGCUAGAUGUUACAUCUGAUUGUACUCGAUGAUCUUCUGUGUGACUAAGGGUCCUACUCGAUCGGUGUAAGUCGAGGCUUUUGGUUGCUUGUGCUUGUAGAACCAUGGCCCAAGAGGCUGAUCACACAACAUCUAUU